AUGGACACUAACGAGAGCGAGUUCUCGCAGGAGGACGUGCUGCCCAUCGCCAAGACGGCCAUCGAGUCUGCGUUGAAGGACACGGUGUACAACCGGAAGAAGGUGAUGGAUUGGUCCAACACGCUGGUCGCGAGCGUGCUCACGGGGCUGCAGAACCUCAACAAACCUUUCAAGUACGCGGUCACGUGCCUCAUCAUGCAGAAGACCGGCGCGGGGAUGACCACGGCGGCUGCGUGCUUCUGGGACCCGACCAUGGACGGCUACUGCACGGUGCUCUGGGAGAACAGCACCAUCUACUGCAUCGUGACGGUCUACGGCGCGGCGAUCUCCCCUUCAGCCAUCAAAGUCGACCAUUGA